AUGAAGCUAAUCGUCGGUGGUUCAACCGGCUUUGUGGGGGACUCUACGAAGCUAAAGUCUAUUAUUUACGACAAUUUCGAAAGCUACUCCAAUAGCGUCAAGCGCGAGCUAGAGGAUACGGAUGCUUGUAUCUGGACCAUCGCCGUGACACCGUCUAAACUUAAGACAGUCCCUUUCGAAGAUGCUUGCGAGAUCUUCCGCGACUAUGCAGCAAUAGGGAUCCGGGCUCUCACGGAUCUAUAUCACGACCAAGACCCGCCGCUCCAUUUCAUCUACAUCAGCGGUCAUUUUGUCCCGCGCAGCCCGGCAGAGGUGCCGAAAGAGCUCGCCAAUAGCGGUCUAAUGAACUUCGGUCUAAUGCGAGGUGAAGCCGAGUCACGGAUUCUUGCAUACGCGGAGCAUUACAAGGGUUCCGUACAGUCCUAUGUCGCUGAGCCCGGGCUUAUUGAAGCUCCGGGUAGGGAGAGGCAGAUAAUCCCUGAGCUCCCAAACAUCGACUUGCGCGAAUUCGUAGCGGCACUACUAGAUCAAGUUGUCAAUGGGCUCGAGAAGGAUACGUUGCUAAACAAUGAUAUGAUCCGGAUUAAGCAGCGAGCUUCAGGUGAAUAA